ACCAGCCUGAACAUGUAACAUUGAGACAGACCAAGAAGCAUCACUGAAACUGAGAGGAUCUCGAAAUAACAGAUCAGUGGUGGUGCUAAAGGUGAGUGAUGGAGCUGAAGGUGUGGGUGGAGGGUGUGGUCAGAGUGGUGUGUGGCCUAUCACUGAGCACUUCCUGCCAGGAUGUCGUCAUAGCUCUCGCACAAGCAAUCGGUCAGACAGGCCGUUAUAUUCUUAUCUUGAAGUUACGAGGAACAGAGAAGAAACUCGUUGCUGAUGACUGCCCUCUCCAACAUCUGGCUCAGCUGGGACAGCUGGCUGCAGAGGUCCAGUUCAUUCUGCGGAGGACCGGUCCCAGCCGUGAUGGUCAAGACACACCCAAAACAGAAAGACGUUUCCCCCUUCCUUCAGAAGCAGAGCCGCUCAAACGCAAUGAGACGCACAAGGCCCUCACAUUCAGUCUGGGUCCCUUAACACAUCCCAAGAGGACAAAACCAAACAGGGCCUGGUCUCCGUCCCCCCGAGACUCCCCAGAACCUAGAGCAUCCCCUGUCUCUUUCUUGGAGCCUCUCAACCCUGUAAAGACUAUUCCCUCCUCCUCCUCCUCCUCCUCCUCCUCCUCCAAAGAGGAGAUGUUUAGGCAGAUUCUACAGCAGCAGAGGAGGCUACAAGACCUGGAAACUCAGCUUCAAGCUCUGGAGAGGGAGACAGAGGUGUGGGAACAGAACAGGUCAUCUGCUACAGUUUCUGGUCUGGCUCUGGUCUCUGAAGAGGAGCUGGAGGAGCUGGAAAAGAGACUGAGACAGAACGAGGCAGAUCUGAAGCACAGAGCACAGUGGGAGGAACAGUUACAGGCAGAAAUUGACAAAGAACAAGAUAUGCACAGAAGUCUACAGCAGCUAUACUCAUCCAUUGAUGAUCAUAGUUACCGGCUUAAGGAGCUCAAAGCCCGUUCUUCACACCUAGAGCAGGACAUAGAGGUCAGAACCAGCAGACAGAGCACUGGGUCAGGCCCUCUGCAGCCUGACGAGGCUCUGUUGCCUCUGAAGCCUCUGAAGCAGGAGCUCCACUCCCGUCUACAGCAGGGAGAACUGGAUCCAACACUGUCAGAAACACAGAGGGAACUACAAACUACAGAGAAAAGGCUGCAGGACAGAUGGGAGACGAUUGAGGAGCUGAAUAAGGAGCUGAGACAGUGUAAGUUGCAGCAAUUUAUCCAGCAGACAGGCAACUCACACACAGAGCAGCCCAGAUUUCUGCCUGUCACUGCACUUUACCUCUGCAACGCCGGAAUCCUGGAGUAACAGCCGCCAAGUCACUGUACGUCUUGUGACUGUGUAAAGAGGAAGUUUAGAGAUCCUUUACUUUGGUAAAAGUAGCCAUGUUGCUAGAUAGGAAAUGUUAAACUUUCCGACGAGAGGCUCAAAACUAUCGUAUUUUGAGAAAAAUUAUCAUAUGCCCGUCACAAUCACAAGAUCAAAUAGGUUAAAUUUAUAACUUUAAUAAACAGGUAUUUAAACAACUUUUUGACACAUCUACAAAUUUACCCAUACCCACUGCCUGAGAGAGAAGCUAUUUCUCAGUCUACAGCCUACAGGGUUACGUUCAUGUCAUCAUGGCCUACACCAAAUGUGAUUUGCUGUAAGGAGAUCAUGUGAGAAGUGAUGCGUAAACACAGAUAUAGGAACCAGGAAAUGAGUUAAAAUUAGACGUGUAAACUAAAGUGUUUAUUGUAAAUGCCACAGUGGUCAAAUUAUCGUACAUUACAACACUUUUGGAAUUAUUGAUCGUAUAUCUCACCAAGGGCAAAAUUAUAGUGCAAAUACAAUAAUUAUCAUACAUCUGGCAACACUGAAAAUUAGUCCCACUGGUUUUCAAGUAAAAGUCUUCUGCCUUCGGGUUUGUAGUCAAACUACACAAAUAUCAAAAGAAAAAGUACUGAAGAAGUGAAGAGUGAAGAAGAGUUGUGUUUAUUUUCACUUUAAGGUGAAAAACUUAAAAGUCAAGUCUGGGGGAUUUUCAGCCUUUCAGAUCAGAUAAAGAAGUGAUGUGAAAAACAGACCUAAAGACAGAAUAAAAGACUGCAGGACAUAAGGACUGGAAGUAAAACAUGUUCUCUGAAAACUUUUAAGGUUGCCCAGACCUUAUUUGUGUGUGUUUAUGUGUGUGUGUGUGUGUGUGUGUGUGUGUGUGUGUG